AGGCACCUGGCCUGAGUGGGACUGGGAGCGCGCGCGUUAUAAGAAGCAGCAACCCGGGAUUCCCAGAAGAAGAGAAACCCGCAGAACAGCGUCAUUCAUUACGAGGGAGGCAGGCGAGAGAGAACCGUGACCGUCCUUUCAAAAAAUGGCCACUUAUUCCAGAAGAACUAUUGGCCAAGGAUGCUUUGGAAAAGUGUACAAAACACAAUACAAAGGUGAAAUAACAGCAAUGAAAAAAAUUCCUGAAUCGAAUAUAAAACAGAAGAACAUUGAUAGAGAAAUCCAAAUAUACCAGAAGCUGAAUCACCUGAAUAUUGUUAAGUUGCUUUUUGACCCUUGGAAAGAAGAUGGUACUUGGAAUUUCCCUUUGGAGUUUAUUGACGGAGAAGAUCUGGAGAAGGUCCUCUUCAAACAAAGGGAAUCCAGAAUCAAGUUGUCCAGGUCAGCCAAGGUUACCAUCAUCAACGGAAUGUGCCAAGGCUUAUCUUUCCUUCACGAUAAGAAUAUUGUGCAUCAGGACCUGAAACCAGACAAUAUCAUGAUUGAGUAUGGCACAUUCCGCCCUGUUCUAGUUGACUUUGGAGUGGCCAAAAUAACAUCUUCCACAGGCUUCUCUACUGCAACAAAUAACGGGAAUAGAGCUUAUGCAGCUCCAGAAGUCUGCCAAGGCUCCGAUCGAAAUAAAAGCACCGACAUCUGGGCUAUGGGGAAGAUCAUAGCUGAGCUGCUCCUAGGGAGCACAGUUGAGACGGAGAAAUGCGGCUGCAGAUAUGUUGAAGAAAUUCUGAAGGGAAUGCCAUAUGCUAAAUCAGUGAGUCAAAUGGUCUAUACCAAUCCAUGUCAGCGAGUUGAAAUGAGACAGAUAUUGGGGGACAUAGAAAUGGCUGGGGAGGCUUUCAAGAGGGAGGGAUAUAUUGAUGAUGCGCUUAUUUCCAAUCCAAUGUUUCAAGGUAGAACAACAGAGGUGACAAAAAAGCUAUAUGAUCCCGUGGAAAAGAGAAGUGUUUAUAGAAUACCUGAUGUUGGGGGAGCAAUGGUUCCUUUCAAUCCGGCAUCCAGCGAUCGUGCUUACUUCAGUGGUAUGAGUUUGGGCAGGGAUCCUUUAAUGGAGGUGAUGGAUAGCUUCAGAAGAGACAUGAAUCUAGGGAACUUCCCACAGACAGAAGUCAUCAAACACGAGACUCAGAAAUUAUUUCACUAUAGUUCCAGAGGGAACUUGGAUGUGAUCAGAGGUGGUCAGGUUGAAAAGGUUCAGGGACGAGUAAUUGGUUUCAAAUAUUUUGAGAGGAACAACCCACAGCCAUGAUUUGUAGCUGGCAGGCUGGAUUUAAAGCAGGACACAAAGUAUAUGUAUAUAUAUUGUGAGGUAUCAUCUUCCUUCUUAGUUAUUUUAAGGUUACUACAGCCUAGAAACCAAGUCUUCUUUAGCAUACAGCGCACUGGAGUCAAUGGUAGGGUUAAGUUGGAAAUUGUAUGAGCUCUUGAAAAAAUCCUGAAUCAGAGACAAGUCAACGAGCAAUUUGGGUUUUCCCGUUCUGGUGAGUUGCUUCACCGUUCUGUUAAAUCAUGUUGUGUGUGUCUUGAAUAUUGCUCCUGUACAUGUAUUCAUAAUUAAUCUAUAAUCAAAUUGAUUUUAUAACAUUUGCUGCAUGACAUUUUCUGAAUGCUACUAAAUAAAAAUGAUACAUUAUACACAAAUCCAUGUGGUAUUUU